AUGCACUUAGCGUUUCCGGACUUUGAAGCCGCUUUCGACUCUCCUCAUCAAAGCCCUCUUCUCAACGCGCUUCGCGCAGAUGGAGUACAAGGAAAGUUCGUUCGCUUGCCUGAUGACAUGAAUCAACAAAGAACUGCCGCAGUUCAAACACCAGCUGGAUGUACAACGUCGUUCGAAAUGGCAAUUGUAGUGAGACAAGGGGCAGUGGCAGGACCCUUCCUAUUCAACUUCUUCCUACUUCCUUCAGGAGAAGUUGUUCAGUGUUCUGUCGACAUCGUCUUAGCACCAUCAGGAUGCCUUUUGGCCGAUCUCGAAACGAAAAAAUGA